AUGUCAGGUAUGAAAAUAGUCUCCGCUUUUAGACACGCCUGGCUGGCCUACAAGAGGUAUGCCUGGGGCAAGGAUGAAUUGAAUUCGCUGUCGAAGAAGGGAUCUGAUUGGAUGGGCGUUGGACUGACGAUUGUUGACUCGCUGGACACUUUGCUCAUAAUGGGACUCAAUGAUGAAUACAAGGAGGCCCGCGAUUGGGUGGUGAACAGCCUGAAGACCGAUCAGACGAUGUCAAUCCAGCUAUUCGAGAUCACCAUUCGUCUGCUGGGUGGUCUCUUAAGUGCCUAUCACCUCUCAGGGGACAAAGCUCUCCUCAACAAAGCAUCACACGUUCACAUCUUAAUGCAUGCUUGGGCUGACUGCAAUCACGUGAUUUUCGACCCCGCCCAGAUCGAGUUCGGAGACGCCUUAUUUGUCUGCUUCGGUGGAUCGAAUCCCCUACCGGCCAAUAAGGUUGUCAUAAAGAGCAGGAGGGCUGAAUUUGGGCAGACGAAUUUGGCGGAAGUGGGAAGUUUGCAACUAGAGUUUAGAGAUCUUUCUAGAGCCAGUGGAGAUUCUAAAUAUGAGAAAGCAGCUUGGAAGGUGUCCGAGUACUUAAGAGGAUUGAAAAAGUUUGACGGUCUGGCCCCGACCACGUUCGAUUCCUCCUCUGCCUUCUUCAGCGAGUACGCCCCGAUCACCAUGGGGGGCAUGGCCGAUAGUUAUUAUGAAUACCUACUCAAACAGUGGCUGCAGACGGGCCAGACUAUCGACUGGUUAAAAGAAGAUUACAUAUCGGCCUACAAUGGUGUUAAGAAGCACCUAUUGAAGCAAUCAGACCUGGGGAAGCAUUGGUUCAUAGGGACCAUGCCCUCCAUGAAGGACACCCAUAGUGCUAAUGACGUUAUGGACCACCUAACUUGCUUCUACCCGGGUAACCUAGCUCUCGCCUACAUGAGCGGGUUGCCAGCUGAAAUGCUCAAAACAGCUAAGGACGUAGUCGAGACGUGUUACAUCAUGUAUAAACAGACGCCGACGAAGUUGUCGCCAGAGUCGGUCAGCUUUCAGAACAGGGCGGGUGAACCGUUUGGACCGAAUGUACAUGAGCCGGAUUUUUUUGUCGAUUUCGGCUCGGCCUACAACAUCCACAGACCGGAAGCAGUGGAGAGCCUCUAUUACCUCUACAAAGCUACCAAAGACCCUAAAUACAAACAGUGGGCGUGGGAUAUCUUUGAGGCCUUCGAGAACGUCACCAAACUGGACGAGGGGUACGCUGGCGUCCAAAACGUCAUGCAGGCCGACCGGAAGUCUAUUACUUAUCUUGACAAGAUGGAGACGUUUUACUUAGCCGAGACCUUGAAAUAUUUGUAUCUUUUGUUUAGUGAUGACGAAAGUCUACUUCCGGUUGAUCGGUGGGUCUUCAACACCGAAGCUCACCCUCUGCCUGUUUUCAAGAAUUAG